AUGAGAAACAAGAUACACUUCCAACAGAAGAGAGAUCAUAUACUUCAAGUGAUACAUGGAGCGAUCCGAGAACACCAGCAUUGGCAGCAGGCAGUCGAAUAUGAUGAACAAGAAGUUCAGAGAUGCAAGUCUUCAGAUAGGAAAAUAAUGGCUAUUGCUGACCUUCUGCCAGAUUCUGCUCGUUACUACUGUCUAGUAGAUGCAUCAUGGAAGAAUGAUAAUGAGAAAGGAGGAAUUGGAUGGUCCUUCCACAGCAAAGAAUGCAUUCAAAAUCUCCAGGGAUCUUCUUCAAUUAUGCCUACAAACUCUUCCUUAGACGCAGAAGCGGUAGCUUUGUUAAUGGCAGUCAAACAACUGAAAGCAUUGCAGUAUUAUAAUGUGGUUUUCAUCACUGACUGCAAAAAUCUUAUUGAUGAGUUACAUCAGUUGUCUACUGAAAAAACCAUCACCAACGCUCGUCACACAGAGGGACAAAAGUCUCACAUCGGGUAUUGGAAAUGA